GUCUCGCUGACAGCGGAUUUGUUCCUGCAUUAGCCAAGUGUCGCAAGAUUGUGGGACAUUUUAAACACAGCCCGGCAAACUUAACGGAGCUGAAUGCAGAGCAGGUGAAACUCGGACAGCAGCAGGAGCCACUGAUCCAAGACGUUCCAACGCGGUGGAAUUCCACACUUGAAAUGGUCAAACGCAUCAUCCCCAAUCAAGCAGCAAUAAAAGCAACCCUGGAUCAACAGCAGCAUAAUCUCGUCAUGCUGACGCCAGCAGAAUGGGAUAAACUCCAGAGACUGGAGACCCUUCUAGAGCCCUGCCGGUAUGUGACUCAGAUCCUGGGUGGGGAGGCCUACGUCUCCUGCUCAGUGGUACUACCUGCCCUCUGCCACUUACACCGUGUAAUGGAAACUUCUGAUGAGGACCCUGCAUACAUGAUUAGAUUUAAGACCAAAUUCAAAGACGACCUAGGCUCCCGCCAAGAACACACCAACAAUGCAUGGCUCAAGAUUGCAACCGCACUGGACCCACGUUUUAAGGACUUGAAAAGUGUGCCCAAGGCAGACAGAGAGGAGGUGUGGACCAAACUUGGAGGCCUUCUGCGUGAAUCACCUGGAAGACCUUCACACACUACUGAAGAUGGGCCACCCAAGAAGAAAAUGAACCUUCUUCUACAGCUGGGCUCAGAUUCAGAAUCAGAUGAAGAGGUACAGCCUGACAGAGCCUUACACAGGUACAGAGCAGAGCCCACCAUUGAAAUGACGGACUGUCCCUUGCAGUGGUGGUCAUCUCAUGCAGGAGCCCAUGACAAGCUGGCUCCGUUGGCUCGGAAAUAUCUAGCCACUCCUGCAUCCUCAGUUCCCUGUGAAAGACUCUUCUCACUUGCCGGUCACAUUGUGCAAAAGAAGCGGUCAGCUUUACUCUCAGAAAAUGUGGACAAAUUGGUUUGCCUCAGUAACUGGCUAAAGGAUGAAUAGAGAAGCGGGCCACAUGUAAUUGUGUAGGCCAUGUUCUUUUGGUUUGAUAAAAAAGAGAAAUCUCUUUGUUUUUCCUUUG